AUGUAUUAUAGCGAUACAUUUCUGAUUAUUAUUUAUGGAAUGAUAACUAAUUUAUUUGGUUGUUUUUUUGUAUUUUCUAUAAGUGGCGCAGCUGCCAAAUUAAUGUUUCCAAUGAGCGCUGGAAAAAGCUUAGCAAUGCUUUGGAAACAUGGUGAAAAUUUAUACUUCAUUAUGUUAUCACUGCUUUUUGCUAAAACUUCAUUUGGUGCAAUUCUUGUUUCACUUACAUUCCUCUCACUUUUUCUAUCUACAAUUGGUGCACAAAUAGUAGCAGUUGAAAUGAUCAUUAUGAGUGUAUAUCGAGCUGUAGUACGAAUUAAAUUUACCGAUCAAACAAUAUCCCGAAAUAUAAUCAUUUGCAUACAUUUCUUAUUCAUGCACUUAUACACUUUCAUUUAUGGUCGACUAGCCAUGAGUGAUAUAAAAGUUCGCUAUUUUUAUUUUGCGCCUAUUCUCUCAAUGCUUGCAUUUUUUGAGUUAUUAGUAAGCAUUCACAUUUAUCAUUUGAAACGAUUAAUUGUUAAUUUACACACAAUGCUUGGCGAACCACCGAGUAACCUUUGGAGAUGUUUGGGAUAUCCGGUGAACUGGUAUUGGACCGUUUGCUGGUAUAUUAUUACACCGGCACUCUGUCUGAUAUUUGGAGGAAUUGCUUUAUUUAUCAUCAUUAGUGGCAGGUUAUACAGUAAUAUCAUAGUUUUAACUCUGGUAACAUUCGCUCCACUAAGUGUUAUCAUUAUGAUUAUGAUGAUCCAUGUUUUAAAAGCUUAUCGGGCAGGAAGAACUAUAAGAUCUAUAUUUGUUGCUGAUCGUCAUUGGGCACCAGAAUUAGGCAACAAUCGGCAACAAGCGCAAUACGAAGAACGAGCAGCGCGUGCGAUCAUUUAA